GUUACCACCGGCCGGCAAACCAGCACGCAGUUUGUUUACAAUGCCGGAGGAGACAAGUUCGGUUCCAGUGCCAGUCUGGCUGAAGGCAGACCUAUUUGAAAAAUUGUUGAACGAGCGAUUCGGCGAUGGGUAUGUGGGAAUCAAGAGCUUCAAGCCGGUGGCUGGUCUCAAGCCAGGAGAAAACUACUCCACCAUUAUGCUACGCCUCCACUUUGAAGUUGAACUGAAGGAUCAAACCAUCGAAAAUGAGAGCUAUAUGCUGAAGACGCCGCACGAUUUCGAGCUGUACCGUGAGAUCCUAAAGAAAAACAACAUGUUCGAUGUGGAAAGAGAUGUAUUUUUGCAAGUAAAACCCGAAUUGGAAAAUAUGUACAAGGAUCUGGGCAUGAAUGUCAGCUUCGGGGCCAAGGCUUAUAAAAUCGACGUACCCGAUAAUUACGUUCUGCUGCAGGACCUACGUCCUUUCGGCUUUAAGAACGUCGAUCGCCUGGAGGGUCUUGAUAUGGCCCACACCAAAAGUGUUCUGAAGAAGAUGGCCCAGUGGCAUGCGGCCUCGGCCAACAGGAUUCAUCUCAAGGGUCCUUACACCCAGAACUACUUGCAACCCACUUAUGCCGAUGCCAUGAAGGAAAACAUCGAACAGGUGGCGGAAACCUUGGGAAAAUACCUACUCAAGUGUCUUUCACUUUACGAGAGUUAUGAAGAAUAUAGCGAAGCAGUGCACAAAAUCCAGCCAAAGAUCGUGGAUCUUAUGUAUGCCAUGAACCACCCCGAUCCGGAGGAUUUUAAUGCUUUGAAUCACGGAGAUUGCUGGACCAACAACAUUAUGUUCAGGUACGAGGGAGAAUCCCCCGAACCAGCCGAAACCUAUUUUGUGGACCUUCAACUGCCCAAGGUGGCCUGUGUGGCCCACGAUCUGAUUUAUUUCCUUCUCGGAUCGACGAAAUUCGAAAUAAAACUGAGUCAAUUCGAUUACUUUAUCAAGUACUAUCAUGAACAUUUGGUCGAGCACUUGCGAUUGCUGAAGUACCCUCAAGAGAAGACCCCCUCGCUGCGGUUUCUGCACACUCAGGUGUUGAAAUAUGGACGAGUUGGGUAUCACACUGUUCUGAUGCUCUGCCCGCCGGUGCUGCUCGAUCGCACCGAGGAUGCCAAUUUGACCGAUUUCGUCACCGAAUCGGAUGAUGGCGAUGGCCUCAAGAUGGCCAUGUACUCCAAUGCCCGCUACAAGAAACAUGUCAGCGCCAUUCUUACCUGGCUAAACAAUCGAGGAGCCCUUCAGUUUUACCAUGUUAACAUACAAUUCGUUGUUGCAUUCUUUAAUAUUAGAUUUAUUAUGUCUGAGGCCACAAAUGGAAACGGCAAGUUGCCAGUCGACAACCUGCCAAAUUGGCUGCCAAAUGUAACUUUGGAGAAGGCGGUGCAGGCUCAGAUCGGGGAUUUCGAAAGGAUCAUCUCUGUUAGCCCCCAAAAAGGCAGCAGCGAGGGCGAAAACUAUUCUUCUCUGUUUCUCCGAUUGCUGGUGGAAGUGGAGCUGCAUGAUCACAGCACCAAGAGCAUUUCCUUCGUUCUAAAGGCGCAGCACAACAACGGGAUGAUGGCCGCCAUCCUGGCCAGGCUGAAGCUCUUCCAGAAGGAGGAGCUGAUGUACCACAGCAUUCUGCCCAAGUUCGAGAAGCUCUACGCGGACGCGGGCAAGCCCAUCCAGUUUGCUCCUCGCGCCUUCAAGGUGGAUCGCGAUCUCGGAGUGGACUACAUUCUGCUGGAGGAUCUGCACCGCAAGAACUUCAAGAAUGCCAAUCGCCUGGCCGGUCUGGACCUCGAUCAUAUGCUGAAGGUCCUCGAGAAACUGGCUGCCUUCCAUGCGGCAUCCGCCUGCUACGUGGAGCACCACGGACUCUUUGGAGAGGAGUUCACGGUGGGCGUUUUCAGCGAAGCCAACCGCCAGCUGCUGCAGGAAUUCAAUGCCUCUGGUGCCUUUUUAGCCCAGCUCAAGAAGUGGAAGAAUGCCCAGAAAUUGUACGAAAAGUUGGCUGAUAGCGAUGACUAUUUGGUGGAUCGCCUGCUGCAGGAUCAGCAGUACAAUGCCAGGGAAUUCAACGUGCUCAACCACGGUGAUUGCUGGGCAAAUAACAUAAUGUUCCAGCACGAUGCAUUUGGAAAUAUAAAGGAUACCCUGUUCGUGGACUUUCAAGUGGGAAAGUAUGGAAGUCCGGCCAAUGAUCUGUACUACCUAAUCUUGUCUUCGGCUGCUCCCGAGCUGAAAACGGCCAAGUUCGACUACUUGGUGCGCUACUACUUCGAUAAUCUUGUCGAGAAUCUGAAGCUGCUGCAGUACCACCGACCACUGCCCAAGUUGAAAAACCUGCAUGCAGCCCUCUUCCGCAACGGACUGGCUGCCUAUAUGGUGGUCUCCAAGGUGCUGCCCGUCGUCAUGCUGGACAAGACCAACAACGCCAAUCUGGAGAGCUAUAUGAGCGACGAGUCCAAAAUGAAGGCCGCCAUGUUCACCAACCCGAAGUAUGUGCAGGUGAUGACGGAGGUACUUCCAUGGUUGGACAACCGCGGCCUGCUCGACUGGAAGUGAUUACCUUCAAAAUUAUGUGUACUAAUGAUGGAUUCGUACUAUAAUAAUGACUACUUAAUUGCGUCAUCUGAAAAUUAUUUUACCUGUCAAAUAAAUAUGUAAUUAUAUUCAAAAUAACCUUUGACUGGUGAUUAAAUAUUAAAUUGGUC